AUGGUGUAUAAUCGAGAUGACCACAUCCGUCCCUUGACAGACUACUACCACUUCUGUAACCGUACCUUCUGGCGUGCUACUAUUGUGCAGGCUCCCGCUAAUGGAUGGCGUUUGAUCAACCAGGAGACUUUGGCAAAUUUCAAAAGAAACGGCACCGCCAUCGACCUCCUCCGCCAUAUUGCCUACGUCGAGUAUGCCGAGAACAAUCUUUUCUACGCCCCUAUCGUCAUGGAAAAUACCCCUGUUAUCGACUACCGCCGCGAGGACAUCCAGAAGAAGAUCCGCAACGGCGAAAUUCAAGGCACCGCUGCGGGUAGGAGCAGCUACCAAGUCAUCCUAGAUACCGACGACGGCUACAUCAAUUGGGGAGGCCCGGAAGGGCAGCACGAUGAACCUGCGCCCGAGCUGAACAACAGUCUGGCACGGUUCGCGGGUGAUGGGCCAAGGAAUGGCGUGACGGAAUAUGAGUCCGAGCCACACUCUGGUUCUGAUCCCGAGGAUUAUUUCAGCCAUAACAAGCUGGCUAGAAGGAUGAAGAAGGCGGGCUGGCCUGGUGACGGAUAG